AUGGACGCCACUGGCCCUCGGGGCGGAAAGGUGCGCAGCAUCCGCUGUGACAGGAACGAACCAGCCUGCGAGAACUGUCAUCUUGCGGGACUGCCGUGUACUUUCUUGCAAUCUUUAUCUCAGCCUCGGGAAAGCACCCGACAAGAGCUGGCCGAUGCGAAAGCUCGGAUUCGGGAAUUAGAAGCGACCUUGCUCGGACUUGAAGAAUCCACAACCAAUGGCCCCAAAGGCCAACUUGUUCUUUCUCCGAGCAGUCGAUAUUCUCCAGCAUCAUUGAGACCUUCUCAAGACUCCUUAUUGGAAACGGUAACUUAUCAUCCAGAUACGCGGGAUUUUGAUACCGCGUUGGCGGCUUUCCAAUGGCAUCUCUCAUACUGCGGGCUUGGCGGUGCGCGCUCCUCGCAGCGAGCAACCUUUUACUCGCUCGUUGAACGGCAAACGGGAUGUACAUUCAAUGUCGAUGUCUUUGCUCAGGAGGUCACUGAGUCUUUUAUGUCAGAGCGACUCAAAUCGGCAAAGAAAGUGAUCGGGAUCAAAUGGCCCGAAUCUACUCUUGUCCAGCGGUGCUUGGAUUACUUCGAUGCAAAUGGGCUAUACUCUAUAUUCCCAGUUGUCGAUGUUGAGGCUGUGCAGAUCUUACUCAACGCCAACGUUUUAGACUGGCCACCAGGCAUGACUCGUGUGGCGAAUCGGGCUUGUCUAGUGGCUUUCUCCGCAAUGAUCACCAGCAUCCACCGUCAUGAACCUGCUUUCGGCGGCGCUGAGCCAGAUGCUUAUCUGCAAGCGGCGCUAACGCUGAUCCCUGGCAUGCUACUGGAGCCUCCGGAUAUUCGAACAUUAGAAGCGGUAACGAUAUUGAUGCUCUAUAUUGCGCCUCUUGGCAGACCCCAGGCAGCAGAGCUACUUCUUGGCAUUGCAGUGCAGCUCAUCUAUAAUCUCGGGGCAAACAGGAUACAACGCCCUCAUGAGAUACACAGGACAGAUCAACGCAGUCAACACCUCCGAGCUUUAUUCUGGCAUUGCUACGCUGUGGACAAAGAAUUCUCUAUCAGGAAAUCCCAACCACCUUUGCUGAAUGACGACGAUUGCGAUCUUGAUCUGCCUACCACAUACGCCCAGGAGACCUCUGAACGCCAUUUCUACAUGAAGCCAUUGUCAUCGAAGGAGCUUCUUUUCCCCUCCGAUCUCCGAUUUUCCGUGCUAAAAUCCAAGAUCUUUCGGUUACUCUAUUCAGUACGCAGUCAGAGUCUUCCCGAAGCCAGGCGCCUUCAGCAUAUUCGUGAAUUAGACCAAGAACUGAGUGAUCUGAAACUGGGCUAUCCCGUCAACUGCCGACCGAAUACUUUCGCCACGGAGAACGCACCGGACUAUUUAUUCCACGAUCUCAGCCUCCGUGGCGUGAAUAUCCAUUUGGAAUAUUAUUACUGUCUUGGGAAGAUCCACGGGGCCAGCAGCUCUUGCAGGAUACCUUCGCCGCAGAGCUGGUCGCCUCUCCCAUCUAGCGCGGAGCUCUGCUUUGAAGCUGCAAGGUCAUCGCUGAUUUAUAUCUGGCGAGUUCGCCAGUUCGUCAACCAUCAAACAUUCUGGAUCCACGCACAGUUCCUCCUAACGGCUGUUUUCUCUGUCUUCUGGUAUCUCAUCACAGUACCUACCUCGACUACUUUUGCAAGAGACCUCAAGACAUUGGAGGAUAUCGCUGGGCUUUUGACUGAUCUCGAUAAACCUAUGGAUGACGGACAGUCUUUCCCGCCAUUUUAUUUGACACGAGCCUUUGUUGAGAGAUUGAUCUAG